CAACCUCAUAUUAUAAAUCUUCUUAGUAACUAAGUUAGGUAGUUCAAAGUCAGCUUGAUUAUCUAAGAUUUAGCGGACGAGCUCGUCUAGCACUACCGCACCUUCUCACUCACCGUCAAGACCCCCGUGUAGCAUAUUACAACAACAAUGGGUCGUCGUCCCGCCCGCUGCUACCGUUACUGCAAGAACAAGCCCUACCCCAAAUCACGGUACAACCGUGGUGUCCCUGAUCCUAAAAUCAGGAUUUUUGACCUUGGUCGUAAACGUGCCUCCGUCGACGAGUUCCCCUUCUGCUGUCAUCUUGUCUCCGAUGAGUAUGAGCAGCUGAGCUCUGAGGCUCUCGAAGCAGCUCGUAUUUGCGCCAACAAGUAUGUCACCAAGACAUCUGGCAAGGAUUCGUUCCACAUGCGCGUCCGUGUGCACCCAUUCCACGUUAUCCGUAUUAACAAGAUGUUGAGUUGUGCUGGUGCUGAUCGGCUGCAAACCGGUAUGCGUGGUGCUUGGGGUAAGCCCUACGGCACUGUCGCCCGUGUCAACAUCGGCCAGAUCAUCCUCUCUAUCCGUUGCAAAGAAUCCAAUGCUGCUGUCAUCCAAGAGGCUCUCCGCCGUGCACGGUACAAGUUCCCCGGCCGUCAGAAAAUCAUUGUCUCGAAGAAGUGGGGCUUCACGAAUGUGGCCCGCGAGGACUACAUGAAGCUCAAGGACGAGAAGAGAGUGGUACAGGAUGGAGCUUAUGUACAGUUUAUUCGUGCUAGAGGUCCCUUGGAGCAGAACUUGCGUGCUCAGCUCAAAGCUUAGGUCUAUACUCGUUAUACAUAUAAUUACUCUCAGUGGAAUGUGUGUAAGAUGGACUGCAAGCGCCUGCAUGCUAGGAAUUCGUCAAUUUAUGCGAUUAUGUGAGUGACGAGAUCAUCAAACCUAUACAGUGUCAUCAAAUUUGGCUCCAAUAAAAGCUCCUGCUACUGGUACUAGAUCACGUAUACAGAUUUGUAUUGGUUCUCUGUGGCAAGAGUCGGCGCAUUUGCUUGCAAAGG